CUUUCAAAACACGAGUUCGUCACGUGCUGACAAGGCAAGCGGUGCAGAAAUAUUUUUCUAUCGUUUUAUAAAUUAUAUCAUUUCUCUGACGCAUUGUUUGUCGCUGGAUGCCUGGAUCGAACAUGAUUUAAUAAACCAAACUUAUCAUGACUUGUCUAUUAUAUUUUAUGGAUUUUAGACGAAUUCUAAAUAUGGAUGUUAAAAGUGGAUUUUGAAUAUUUUGCUCCCAAUUUGUCGUGCCGGCGGAGAACCGGAACUCGUUUUUAGACACAAACACACUUUCUUAAUUUUCAUUUCUUGAACUGAAAUUAUGGAGAGGAACGAUCUACUGCCAACGUUGUUAUUAACGACACAAAAUGCUUCAUCGAUCGGAGAGCCCAUAGAUUAUGGUGUGUGCAGAGAAAUGUUGGAAAAAUCCAUUGGAAAUACAUGGUAUAAAGACAUUCUGUUUGGCAUAUUUUAAUACUAACAAAAUGAAAUAGAUACCCCCUCGGGAAUUACAUACAGAAUGUAUAAACGAGAGCUUAGAAAUCACACUAUUGUUGUGAAGCACAAGAUUUUAUGCUCCUGGGAAUUGAAAAUAGCUUCUAAUCGUAUGAAGGAGAAUAACUACAUAAAAAAUUAUCAAACGAAAUUAAAGUUUUUAUAAAUAACUUCGUCAUGCAUAAAAUUCACUUCAGAAUAGUUUUAUGCAGCCGUGGGUUUAGAAUAGUGCUAUGCAUUCAAAUUCCAAUAAAUUUUAUACACCGUGUACAAGCGAAAUGAAAUAGAUCUCCCCUCAGGAAAUACAUAUAUUUCAAUGAUAAACUCAAUCAGUGAAUCUGAUUUCUGUUUAGAAAUUUGCAUUAUUAUUUUGUGCAUGUAAUAUAUAUUCCCCUGAGAUAUCAUUUUACAAUACAUAUUUAUUUUCAUAUUUAGAAUAAUAAAUCAUUGAUUUUAUACUUGAUUAUAUAAAUCAGCUUUUGGAGAUAUCCGCCGUGCAAUUUUGAUGCUUUCUAUAUAUUUACUAUUAAAUUUUCAAAAUCUCUGGCAUGCAAUUUCCAAACUUUCCAGUUUGGAUCCCAAUUAUUUAUUAGACAGGUUCAGAUUCAACUACCACUACCACUAUCGCUACCUUUGACGGCUCCAUUGGUAGCGGUCACGACAGACUGUUUAGACCUGUUCAGAUUAGAUUUCUCCUGAUGACCUUUGUUACGGUCCCAAAACAAAAACAUGCGACGAUUUCCUCACGCUCUUGCAGUUACUGCGCAUGCGUAACACAUUUAAGGUAGCGGUAGUGGUAGUGGAAGUCAAAUCUGAACCUGUCUAUUAACCCAAUGAGCGCCGAAUAAGUAGGAUGUAAUGCAACUGAAUGGUUAACUUGACACCAGCACUCUGCCCUUGAUGAGUAAAAUUGUCUGGCAUAAGACAGUAAAAUUUAAUAAAGUAGAGCAGUACUCUUUUGGACACCCCAUUCAUAGAACAAGUCAGUGAAGCAGGACAAAAUCUAUUGUUGAUGGUCAGAUGCAUGCUUCGAUGUUACUAUGUAUUUUAAUAUUAUUUAAAAAAAUCAAAUAAUCCAAAAAUGGUCUUCACACAUAUUUCUUCUCUUAAAUUACAAUUUAUUUUAUUAUGACAAAAGGCUAUUGGUUCAUACCAGAGCAGGGCUCCCACGCCAGGAUUUGUAACAUGGUUAUGGUAUUAAAAGAGUGCAAUUUGUAUGUGGAAACCAGGUCAUCAAUGUAAAUUGACUCAUGCUGUGUCGAUGUUCCUUAGCUGCCAUUUUGUUCUGACUUGUAACUGUCAAAACUUAACCAGGCUAGACUUUUUUUUAUUUAUUGGUUUGCAGAUUUUAGUUGAAAAAAAAACAGGUCGGUAGGUCGGAAAAAAUUUUUUAAAAAUAUUGUUUUUCAAGAUUGUCAUAACAAUAACCAGCAGUACUUAGAGUCAAGGUUUACUUGGCGUGUACUUUAUGUCACCCUAAAUUAACUAAAAUUAACUACUGUAAAAUCGUAAAAUUGUUGACAUCCAAUUUUUUUUUAUUUUUCGCUUUUCUGAAUAUUUACCAUCGGUGGAUCCGUAAACCAAUGAAUAAAAAAGUCUCACCUAAAUAAAUAAAUUCUUAUUAAUUUGUUUCUUGCAGUAUAACAUAUUGGAACCUGGCAUUACUGGCACCGAAUGUGAUAUUUCUGAUUUUUUUGGCCUACCAUAUUGGCUUAUUCUACAGAAUGUUUCAACGACAUAAUUUUCCAAUGGUCAAAACUCUGCUUAUAUUGGUAAACUUUGUAAUUUAAAGCUGUAUAUAU